CAUGCAAUGUUGUUCCCCUCACCAAUAAUGACACAGUGACAUCGUCACUGGAGACACGGGAAAUGCAAAUCCACGAAUGUUCAGCAUUCAUUGGAGGAAGAAGGCAAGCUGCAGCCGACUAAAGGAUGCUAAUAUCACUAGGGGCGGGGAAUGCAUCGAUAAGAGGAGGAGAUGCAAGUUAGGGCUUCGUUCCCCUCACUGCGAUAAGCCAAGUUGCCAUGACUAUGCUGGGAACAGCUGCAUGUUACAUCGCCCACUAGACGCGUGGCUAGUUUGUGAUCGUAGAUAAGAAGAAUUGCGUGCGAUUGAGCGCGUAGGUUAUUGUCCCUACUCCUUCACACCUACCAUGUGGCCGACUCUGAAUGCCCUCGCAGCUCUGGCCAUUGUGCCAUUGAGUGCUGCCUUCAACAAUCCGCCUGGAGUCGAUAUCUGGUGUGGCAAAGCCUAUCGUGCGAGCAAUACCUCUUUCAACCCCGAAGGAUGGUUUGAAGAGCCCUCGCACUCUCCAACCCCACUGCUGAACCUCAAAGUCCGGCCCCGGAUGAGCAUCUAUCUCUCCAACGAUGCCGAUGCCAGUCUUCUAGUCGAUACAGGGGUAUCGCAUAGCGUCGGUGACCCAUUGCCAUUCACUGCAGGCAUCGACUACAGCGCCCACGACUUGCACCUGACGAUUGAGAUCAGUGAUCCAAAGGGCAGGCCAGUAUCGUCUAUCCAGAACCACACUCUUUCCCUGGACACGCUGAACAACAAAAUUCCCAUCUCAUUGCACGAACUCCCCGCGCAACUACAGCCCUACACCGUCACCAUGCACGCUACCCUCACGCCCAUCAACACAAGCACCAAACCCACCACCUUCACUCGCACCACCGAGCUCUACCACCUUCCCCGUCGCACAGACGGAGGUAGCGCCACGCGCAUCGACAAUCUCUACGGGGGUCUAGCGUACCAAACCAGCCACGAAGAAACCUGGACCUCAAUCUUCCCCUACACCUACUACGCCCAAUGGACCCUAUACUGGAACACCAGCCCCUCCACCCUCGAAACCUUCACAGAAGAAGGCUACAACGUAAUCCACAUCGUACCAACGGGCGCACUCUCCAGCACGCCCUUCCCCUGGGAAACCCUCUCCCCCUACCUCGACCUCGCAGACAGCCACUCCCUCAAACUUCAAUGGGACCUGCAAUGGGACCCUACCAACCAAACAACAGCCCUGGACCACAUCGCAAAGAUGCACACCCACCCCUCCCUCCUCCUCUGGUACCUAGCCGACGAACCGGACGGCAAAGGCGCCCAGCCCCUAAGCGCGCCACACGAAGCCUACACCCUCCUGAAGACCCUCGACCCAUACCACCCCGUCUCUCUGGCGCUAAACUGCGCGAACUUCCAUUACAGGGAGUACGCCGCGGGGGCGGACAUCAUCAUCUCGGACGUCUACCCGGUGGCUACGAACACGUCGUGGUGUAGUGUAUACGGCACGCCGUGUAACGCCACGUACGGGUGUUGCGGGUGCGAUGACUGCGAGGGGAGGUUUGAGGAUAUUGCUGUGCGGUUGGAUACGUUCAAGGCCUUUGAUGAGGUGGUCGGGUGGGAGAAGGUGCAUUGGGGGGCGCCGCAGGCGUUCGGGGAGGAGUCGUUUUGGACACGCCUGCCGACGGCUGCUGAGGAGGUGGUUAUGGAUGUUUUGAGUGUUAAUCAUGGGGCUUUGGGGGUUGUUAUGUGGGAUUUUCCUACGAGUGCUGAGAUUAGUGCUGUCACCCGCGGUUUGGCGCGUGUGCUAACGGAUGAGGACGUGACGCGGUUUUUGGUCGGUGUUGGGAGGCGGAGGGUCAGUGUUGGGGGUGGGGUUGAGAGGGUUGAUGCUGCUGUCUGGGUGGAUGAUAAUGCUAAGAAGGCCUUGGUCAGUGUGGUCAACCUGAACUAUGAGGCGACGGGCAAGGUGGAUGUACAGAUUGAAGGGGGGUGGACGGUUGGGAGGAUUGAGAAGGUGCUCUGGGGCGCUGUGCGGUGGGAGGUGGGUGAUGGGCGGUUGAAGGUUGAUGGAUUGCAUGGGUUAGAUGUUUCGAUGCUGAUUGUGGAGGUUGUUUCGAAGUAG